GCGAGGGCGAGCGAUCCCGGGCGGAACGAUGUCGGAGGCCGUGGAUCUGUCCUUCCUGUCGGAUGUGGAGAGGGAUUUGAUCCUGCAGGUUCUGCAGCGUGACGAGGAGCUCCGCAAAGCAGAGGAGAGGAGGAUCAGGCGCCUGAAGAACGAGCUGCUGGAGAUCCGGCGCAAGGGGGCCAAGCGGGGCAGCCAGCGCUACAGCGAGCGGACGUGCGCCCGCUGCCAGCAGAGCCUGGGCCGCAUCAGCCCCAAGGCCAACACCUGCCGGGGCUGCAACCACUUGGUGUGUCGGGACUGCCGUUCCUACGGCCCCAACAGCUCCUGGCGCUGCAAAGUCUGCACCAAGGAGGCGGAACUGAAGAAGACGACGGGUGACUGGUUCUACGACCAGAGAGUCAACCGCUUCGCCAACCGGCUGGGCAGCGACAUGGUGCGGCUGUCCCUGCGGCAUAGGUCGGCAGCCAGCAAAAGAGAGACGGUGGGACAAACCCUCCUCCAGAAAGCCCAGCUCUGCGAGCCCAAAAGCACCACCGCAGCCCAGCAGCAGAGCCCCCCGGCACCCCGGGAGGGGCCCAGUUUGUUUCUGGAUGCCUCAGACCCUCGGGAUGGUAAAAGCGACACAGAGUCCAUGGAAAACAUGAGCCUGGACGGCUACAGACCUAGUCCCGGUGGCGUGGGGGGCAGGAGUAACUCCCUGGAAAGAGCCGCUCCUCUCAGAGAUGGAAAACAGGUUGCUGCGCCAGCAGGACCUGCUGCCUCCAGCCUGACUCUCCCUCUCCGCUCCAAAAACACGCUCUCCGAUGGACGGGAUGCUGCUGUGGGGAGCCGCAGCAGCGCCUUGGUGGACGAGCAUGAAACAAUAUUCAAGAAGAAUCCCCGACGGGUGGUGAGGCCUGCGGACUACACCAAGUCAGUGAUCGACCUGCGCCCGGAGGACUUCAUGGGGGAAGGCGGCUCUUUGGGGGACAGGAGCAAGUCAGUCCCCGGCCUCAACACGGAGCUGGAGGAGGAGGAGGAGGACAUCGAUAACCUGGUGGAGAUCCAUCGGCAGAGGGUGGCCCGGGGCAGCAUGCGCAGUGGCACCUCCUCAAGCACGCUGGGGAGCAUGGUCAGCAUUUACAGCGAGGCUGGUGACUUUGGCAACGUCGCGGUCACUGGGGGAAUCUCCUUCUCCCUGAGCUAUGAGCAGAAGACGCAGACCUUGUUCAUUCACGUGAAGGAGUGUCGUCAGCUGGCCUACGGGGACGAGGGCAAGAAGCGCUCCAACCCGUAUGUGAAGACCUACCUCCUGCCCGACAAAUCCCGGCAAGGGAAACGCAAGACGACCAUCAAAUGCAACACCGUCAACCCCCUGUACAAUGAGCUGCUGAAGUACGAGAUUAACAAGUCCCUCCUGCUUGCAAGGACGCUGCAGUUCUCGGUUUGGCACCACGAUCGCUUUGGCCGAAACACAUUCCUGGGGGAAGUGGAGGUCCCGCUGGACGCCUGGAACUUCGAGAGUCACCUGGAGGAGUUUCUGCCCCUGCACGGCAAGGUCGGGGCGGAUGCUGCUGGUCUCCCCCAGUACAAGGGGGAGCUGGUCGUCUCCAUGAAGUAUAUCCCAUCUUCCAAGCACCCCGGGGCUGGGAAUGUCAGGAAGGGCAAAACAGGAGAAGGCGGUGAGCUCCAGGUCUGGAUCAAAGAAGCCAAGAACCUCACGGCUGUCAAAUCUGGGGGGACAUCAGACAGUUUUGUCAAGGGCUACCUCCUGCCACACAAAAACAAAGCCUCCAAGAGGAAGACGCCCGUGGUCAAGAAGACCCUGAACCCUCAUUACAACCACACCUUUGUCUACAACGGCAUCAACCCCGAGGACCUGCAGCACAUCUGCCUGGAGCUGACGGUCUGGGACCGGGAGCCAUUGUCAAGCAAUGACUUCCUCGGCGGUGUCCGUCUGGGGGUGGGCAACGGCAUGAGCAACGGGCAGGCUGUGGACUGGAUGGACUCCACGGGCGAGGAGCUGAACCUGUGGCAGAAGAUGCGCCAGUACCCGGGCUCAUGGGCGGAGGGGACGCUCCAGCUCCGCUCCACCAUGGCCAAGCUGAGGCCGUAGGCUGCAGCACU